UAAUAGUUAGUAUACUUACAGUGUACUUUCACAAAUUUAAGUAUGUUUAUUUUCACCUAGGGAGAGGGGGCGCUAUUUUCCCACUGCACUGAUACAUAAAGCAAGUGGGAUUCUACAACCUAAACACUGUUACAUUAGUUAUGUCCAGAAAGUUCUGGUUCUGGUUCUGAGGUCGUCCUCAGGUGGGACCGGUUACCUGGAACUGUACCUCCAUAACCUCACCAGCAGAGGGCGCUGUGCCCUUCACAGACUUCAGAUAAAUCUUUCUUCUGCUUCUCCAUCAAUAUCGUCUCAAGCUGGUUCGGUUCGGUUCGGACCGGGAGGCAGGAGGAUCAGUUGGUACCGAAGUAAAACCCGAAGCAGAACCGGGCAGCAAUGGCACUUUAACCUGGAGUAAAACCAAAAUAAUAGCAGGUGUGAGCAGGGCUUUAAAAAUGAGCCGAGUAACAAUGAUUUAUUACAAACAAGCCACUAAACACGCAGCGGCGAUGUUUCAUGGUAGAGUCAAUAAAAGGUUUGUGGAAAAGAAGCUGCAAACAGAGUCUUAGCUCAGUGCGAAACUUCUAACAGAACCUCGGUUCCGUUCUGCGAAAACCCAACCACGUUCGGGUGUCUGCAUCUGCUCGGAACCAGAAACCAGAACAUCGACCUGUAACCCACUGUGGUUCAUCUCAUUUGGACCAGAACCAGUGAUCCAUACCCGGAGAAUCCACCUCUACUCUGGACCUGGUUCCGACCAGAACCUAAAUCAUCGACAGCUGCUCCUCGAGAAGCUUUUAUUAUGAAAACCUCCCAGGAAGUUGGGUCUGCAGCCCUCGGAACUGUUCGGCCAAGUUCGGCUCCGCUCGGUUUAUUUUCAUCUCCGCCUCCAGCUGAGCGGAGCGACAAGAAGUUCGGACACCGAGGAGCCCAGAGCUGCCGCGGAGCCGAACCGAACCAGGAACUGGACCUGGACCACAGUGACACCACGGCGGAACCGGGACCAGCGCGGUGAGCGGACCGGGACCGGAACGGAAUCGAAGACGGCGUCAUUCCUCUCCAGAAGUCAGGGAGGUUCGGGUCGGACAGGCGGCGGUUCGGGGCAGCAGAACCGUGUCAAAGUGGACCGCCGGGGGCUGCAGACAGAACCAUGUACCAAGUCCAGGAGAGCCGCCCCCUGCUGAGCCCUUCCAUCGAUGACUUCCUGGCAGAGAGCCGCAGCGAGGCCGCCUCUGGACGACCCCCGACCUCCAACCCCGCAGUUCUGUCCACGACUCUGGACCUGGUGGACCUGAGCGACCCAGCAGAGACCCGGCACCACCGGGUCACCAAGAGUCCAGUGAGGCCAGCCGGGUCCAGGAGCCCCCGGCACAAAACCAGAACCAGAACCGAGGAGACAGAGCUGGUCCCGGUCCAGCUGGAGCACCGGCCUGCCGGGCCCGGAACCCCCAACAGGACGUCUCUGGACUCGGUCAGCCUGUCCUCUCCUCUGGACAAGUGGGACGAGAUGGACCUGGAGGACGGGGGACGGCGCAGACGCUGCCAGGCCAGAUGCACCUCCCACCACUCCUCCAGCGAGUUGCUAUGGUCUGCAGAGUUUAGGAGAGAUCCUCUGAUGAAGAGCAGCUUGGACGAUCUGGACUUCAUAUCUCUGAACCAGGACAGCAGCGUGUCCAGACUCCGCAGACGGACUCGCUCUCUGUUGGCCAGGAACGAGUCCCUGGAGGAUGAGUUUGUCCGUGCAAAGGCGGCUGUCGAGUCGGACACAGAGUUCUGGGACAAGAUGCAGGCGGAGUGGGAGGAGCUUGCUCGCAGGAACUGGCUGGAGGAGGCGGCGAGCCAGCAGAAGCCGGCCCCGCCCCCCGUCUCACCUGUGGAGAAGGGUUACUACUUCAGCGCCACCAACCCGUACCUUGACUGGCCCAACGCCUUCGCUGAGGGUCAGGAGAAAGCUGGAGAGGGAGACCUGAACGCUGCCGUCCUGCUGCUGGAGGCCGCCAUCUUGCAGGACCCCAGUGAUGCCGAGGCGUGGCAGAUGCUGGGAACGACUCAGGCUGAGAACGAGAACGAACAAGCCGCCAUCGCCUCGCUGCAGAGGUGUCUGGAGCUCCGCCCCAACAACCUGCCGGCUCUCAUGGCGCUCGCCGCCAGCCUCACCAACAGCAGCCAGCUGCCGGAGGCCUGCGACGCUCUGCGCCACUGGAUCGGCCACAACCACAAAUACCGACACCUGGUCCAGAGCAGGAGUCCGCUACAGGGUUCCCCAGCCACACCACGCAGGGGCCCCAGCUGCUCCAUACCUGCAAGCUCGGCGCUGCAGGAAGUUCUGCUGCUCUUCCAGGAAGCGGCGCAGCUGAACGUGGAUAACGUGGAUCCGGACCUGCAGACCGGACUCGGAGUUCUGUACAACCUGAGCUCAGAGUUUGACCGGGCGGUGGAGGCGUUCAGCGCUGCGCUGUCCGUCAGACCGCAGGACUACUUGCUGUGGAACCGGCUGGGAGCGACGCUGGCUAACGGCAGCCGCAGCGCCGAGGCGGUGGAGGCGUACAGCCGCGCGCUGGAGCUGCGGCCCGGCUUCAUCCGCUCCCGGUACAACCUGGGCAUCAGCUGCAUCAACCUGGGCGCGCUCAGGGAGGCCGUCAGUAACUUCGUCACGGCUCUGAAGCAGCAGAGGUGCAGCCAGGGCUGCAGCCAGCUGCAGAUGUCCACCAACAUCUGGGCCGCCCUGCGGAUCACCGUCUCCAUGAUGGACGACCCCGGGCUGGACCGGGCCGCCAGCCUGGGGGACCUGGACCUGCUGAUCAGAACCCUGGAGGGCGGAGACCUGUGACCGGGUCAGAGGUCACAGGAGAACGCUGCUGCACCUGAAGCACAACCCUUUAACCUGGAGGACCUUCUGCUGGAGCUCCGCCCCCUGACCUCUGACCUCUCAGCAGAGCUAUUUUCUCUCCUUCUGUAUCUAAAUGUCAGAGGAAGUCCUGGGCCUUCAGCCUGACCUCUGACCCCGUCAGCAGCUGCAGCUCCAAGCUGAGCGGAUUGUAGCGCAGACGUGGGAUCAGAACGAAGAAGAGUUUGUAUUAAUAGCAGCGGUGUUUAGUACGGAGGCCUGUGGGGGACAUGGGGACGUUUUCUUUUGCGUCUUACUCUCUGCUCUAAUCUGAGGCUUUCAGGAGGUUUUUCCAUGUUUCUUAAUUUCUCCAUGUGAAAUAUCUGAAGUUUUAUAUCUUUUUCUUUAGGGUAGAAAUGAAUCACAAACCUGUGAUAUAAACAGAAACUUCCUACAAGAAGAAAAAUAAUAAAAAUACAUCCAAACUA